AUGUCCCCAGGGCCUCCGGGAGACCACAUGGUGAUGAUGGCAGCAAUGGAGUCUCAAGAUGUGCAGAAGACAAGAAAGAAGAAGAAGACACAAGAAGACAGAGAAGACAAGACAAACAACUUCACUUCCACUUCAGAAACUAGGAAAAAGUCCCCGUGGACCGCGUGGAGCGCCAGGGCCAGUUGGGCCACUUGGCCUGAUGGUGAGCCUGGUGUUAGUGGAAUAGGACCACCUGGACCUGAAGGUGCAAAAGGGGAAACUGGACCACAAGGAGUGAUAGGGCCACCUGGAACACGCGGUGAGCCAGGCCGAGUAGCUACCAGCUGGAUAUGCCCUCCAGGUGAAAAGGGCGUACCAGGUAAUGGCCGAGCCCAAGCCACCGGUGGUUUCGGUCCCGUUGGUCCAUUUGGAAGUCCAAGUGAAGUCGGUUUACCUGUGCUACCGGUUCAAUUGGUAAACGUGGAUUGA